AUGCCCGAGCAGCUCAGCGUCGCCGAGUUUCUGGCCGUCGCCGCCGAGGACCUCAGCUCCCCGGCCGGGGCCGCCGCCUUUGCCGCCAAGAUGCCCCGGUGCCGGGGGGCGGCGCUGGCGCGGGAGGAGAUCUUAGAAGGUGACCAGGCCAUCCUGCAGAGAAUAAAGAAGGCUGUGCGGGUCAUCCACAGCUCCGGCCUUGGCCACGUGGAGAACGAGGAGCAGUACCGAGAGGCUGUAGAAUCCUUAGGCAACAGCCACCUGUCCCAAAACAGCCACGAGCUGUCCACGGGCUUCCUGAACUUGGCUGUAUUCACCCGUGAGGUAGCUGCACUCUUCAAGAACCUGGUUCAGAACCUGAACAACAUCGUUUCUUUCCCCCUGGAUAGUCUCUUGAAGGGGCAGCUGAGGGAUGGACGACAGGAUUCCAAAAAGCAGCUGGAGAAGGCGUGGAAGGACUACGAGGCCAAAAUGGCCAGGCUGGAGAAGGAAAGGGACCGUGCCCGGGUGACAGGAGGGAGCCUGGGAGAAGCAUCCCAGGACACGCAGAGAGAGCGACGCGUCUUCCAGCUGCACAUGUGUGAGUAUCUGCUCAAAGCCGGGGAGAGCCAGAUGAAACAAGGUCCUGAUUUCCUGCAGAGCCUCAUCAAGUUCUUCCACGCCCAGCACAAUUUUUUCCAAGACGGCUGGAAGGCCGCACAGAGCCUGUCCCCCUUCAUCGAGAAGCUGGCAGCCUCGGUACAUGCACUGCGUCAAGCUCAGGAGGAGGAGCUACAGAAGCUGACCCAGCUCCGGGACUCCCUGCGAGGGGCACUGCAGCUUGAGAGCAGAGAGGAGACUGUGAACCGGAAGAAUUCAGGCGGUGGCUACAGCAUCCACCAGCACCAAGGCAACAAGCAGUUUGGGACAGAGAAAGUGGGCUUUCUGUACAAGAAAAGUGAUGGGAUACGAAGAGUGUGGCAGAAAAGGAAGUGCGGCAUCAAGUAUGGCUGCUUGACCAUCUCACACAGCACGAUAAACCGCCCCCCAGUGAAGCUGACUCUGCUGACGUGCCAAGUGAGGCCGAACCCUGAGGAGAAAAAGUGUUUUGACCUGGUGACCCACAACAGGACAUACCAUUUCCAGGCAGAGGACGAGCAUGAGUGUGAGGCGUGGGUGUCAGUGCUGCAGAACAGCAAGGACGAAGCCUUGAGCAGCGCCUUCCUUGGGGAGCCCAGCGGCAACCCUGGGCCACCAGGGCUGGAUGGGGAACCCCAAGACCUCACAAAGCUGCUCAUCGCUGAGGUGAAGAGCAGGCCCGGGAAUGGCCACUGCUGCGACUGCAGGGCUGCAGACCCCACGUGGCUCAGCACCAACCUGGGCGUGCUCACCUGCAUCCAGUGUUCAGGCGUCCACCGUGAGCUGGGCGUGCGCUUCUCACGCAUGCAGUCCCUCACCUUGGACCUGCUGGGCCCCUCUGAGUUGUUGCUUGCCUUGAGCAUCGGAAACACGCGCUUCAAUGAGGUCAUGGAAGCCCAGCUGCCUUCACACGGUGGCCCCAAACCCUCAGCUGAGAGCGACAUGAGUGCCCGCAGGGACUAUAUUGUAGCCAAGUACGUGGAACACAGGUUUGCCCGGCGCUCUACACCUGAACCCCAGAGACUCCGUACAGCCAUUUGCAACCGGGACCUUCUCUCAGUCCUGGAGGCCUUUGCUAAUGGGCAGGACUUUGGGCAGCCAUUGCCUGGGCCAGAGGGGCAGGUCCCUGGAGAGCCAGCCCUGCACCUGGCUGUCAGAGUUGCCAACCAGGCCUCCCUGCCCCUGGUGGACUUCAUCAUCCAGAAUGGGGGCCACCUGGACGCCAAGGCUGCUGAUGGGAAGAGCGCUCUGCACUGCGCUGCUCUCCACAACCAGCCCGACUGCCUCAAGCUGCUGCUGAAAGGGAGAGCUUCCAUCGGCACAGUAAAUGAUGCAGGAGAGACAGCUCUGGACAUCGCCAGGAAGAAGCAGCAUAAGGAAUGCGAGGAGCUGCUGGAGCAGGCUCAGGCUGGGACCCUGGCCUUCCCUCUGCACCUGGACUACUCCUGGGGACUUUCCACAGAGCCCGGCUCUGACAGUGAGGAGGACGAGGAAGAGAAGCAGCGCUGCCCUCUGAAGCCCCCUGCCCAGGCGCGCUGGACCAGUGGGAGAGUGGACAUCAGCAAUAAGACCUAUGAGACCAUUGCCAGCCUGGGAUCAGCUGCCCCUCAGAGUCAGAGUGAGGAUUGCCCCCCACCCUUGCCAGUCAAGAACCCGACUCGGGCUGCAGGCCUAGUGCGUGUGGGACAUACCAGUGGAGAUCGUUCCGAAGUCCCCAGUCUGACCUUGGAGCCCCCUGGGGCCCCUGAGAGCCUGAGCAGUCUAGCCUCCUCCUCCUCCUCCAGCCUCACAAGCCCUGUGGAAUCUGGGGGUCUCAGCCAAAUCCUGCCCAGUUCUGAAGAGGGUCUCUUGGAGCCCCCAGGCCCCUCCCGACCCAGCCUGGCAUCUGGAGCCACCCCUGCAGAGAUGUAUCCGCCAGUCCGGUUCAGGCUGGCUUCACUGAAGGAGAUGGCUCGAGGACUGGGGUUCUCCCAUCAAGUUCUGUGCAGCUUCUUCAAGACUAGCUCCUUGCUGGCCCUUGUGGGCACGAACCACCUCCAUGCUGGACCCCAAUGUUCAGAGCUAGGACUUGAGUCCAGAAGACUAGCGACCCGAGGUGUUCAUUCUCUUGGGUCUUGUUCUCUCUGACCCUUAUUCCUCUGUAGCUGGCCCUCUCCCUGCCACAGACCCAUGCCCCUACCAAGGACACUGGCCCUUCUGCAACAGGGCUGAUGGCAAUUCUUUCCUCUCAGUUUCAUUGACCCCACCCCUAACCCCUGGCCAGGGACCAGGGAGCUGGAUUUGAGUGCCCUGAGCUAACUUUAACUGCAGAACCCUCAAUCCCUCAGCAGAUGAGGACUGUAUUUCUUCUUCUGUCAGUCUUUGGGCUCCACAAGAAUAAGAACAGCCUGCCUUCCUCAUUCUCCAGUCCAGGGAUUUUGCCAGGUGGGAGACUGUCUUCGUGGCCAUUCAUUAGCUCGUGUUCCCUUACUGACUUCCAACUCUUUGUUCAGACCUGUGCUAGGGACAAGAUGCCACAGAAUAAGAAUAAGCUGUCCCUUGCCAGGAAGCUGGUCUCAAGAGUUAGGCUUGGAAAUGGGCAGGGCUAGCGUCUCUCAAUUGUUCCAUGGUUCUGGACUCUGGGUCAGACUGACAGGUGAUUUACACCUGGAUGACAUUGCAGUUGUUGUUAGCCCAUAUUCGUUUUGGCCGGCAGUGCGCAGGCUAUGCAGUCUGAGUAUCACUUCUUUUGAGGGACAGUACAACCUUCCUGGAACCUCUAUUAUGUCCCCCAGCCAGGAAGCAGAGUAGGACUCAGCCCUGAUUGCCUACCUCCUAGAUUGAGCAGGAAGGAAAGGAACAGGCAGGGCUAAUUGAUCCUCACUUCUCUCCCCUUCCCUUUGUUCAACUCAGAGGCUUUCUAGCCCCUGGGGAGAAAGGGUCCAGAAAGGAGAAAGGGAGGUGCUAGCAACGGGAAGGGUGAGACUGAAUGGUUCCCCUUCCACCACACUUUCAGCCCCAUGUUAGCGCAGCCACACCUAAACCUUCCCCAGUCUCCUGCACCUCAGCCUUAAGUCGCUAAUGCUGCUGGGGCCCUGGUAGGGAUGAGCCUAGGGGGGCUAGUGCCCCACACAGCAGCCUGACCCGGAGGCUGAUGGCUGAUGGCUCUCCCUGGAGUCCUGACUGGCUGUGAUCUCACAGGAACAGGAGUGUCUUCUGAGCCCCUGUGUCUGUUUUUGUUCAUCUCAGACUUACUUCACUCAUCUCUAAUAAAAGGAAUUUUUUUUUUUUUAGUAAUUCCAGUUGUUUCAUUUCUGUGAUCUGAAGUGCACUAGGCCAGGGGAAGGGGUCUUAGGGCUUAGAAUUCUUUCUCUGCAUCUAAUGAGGGAGACAGCUUGGUAUAGAGCAGAAGUUUGCAACCUGGAGUGAUCUGGCCCCAGGGGACACGGCCUUUGAGACCGUCUCCCUUGUCGCCAGCUGGGGUGUGCUACUGACACCUAGUGGCCAGAGUUCAGAGACGCACCUGAGCAGCCUUUGGGCCCAGAUGGCCCUCCACACCCGUGCCAGUGCCGCCAAGAAACCCUGGUGCGGAAGACAGAGCACUGGACUAGGAGUCUGCCACUCUCCCGUCAGUUUCGUUUCCUUUUAGUCAAGGAUUUGGAGCCAAGUAGUUUAAUUGUGAAGUGAUUCCAGGAAGCACCUGAGGGAAUGGGAAAGUGAAACAGAGUCAAAAAAGCAAUAAAGGGUGUGUUGAUGAAAGGUUAUCACUGCAAACAACUAGGGCUUGUUGAGGACCUUUGAGAGACCAAUGAUAAGGACAUGCCUUCAUGUUUUCCUAUCAAGAGUGAAGAAAAUCAGUGUUUUCUACCAACUUGGUCUUUCAUUCAUGGGGGGCAGAGCGAUCCUUCCUUCCAAGUACUUCCAGCCAGCCCUGAAGCCCUCAGAGAGAUGUGGGGAAGCCCUCAGGGGUGUGUUCAGGAAUUGCUAAAGUUUUCCUCAAAGGUGGAUGGGUGGGUGGCAGGGACGCAGGGUGCCACAGUGUCUGCAAACUGAAGCAGUCCAGCCCUGGACCUCUCCACGCUUCAGCCUUCCCAUCUGCACAAUCAAGGGGGUGGACUCCAUGGUUCAGUCCUCCCAGCCCUGAACAUGUAGGAGUCUUGGUUUCUUUUGAUGUCACACUCAGGGUAGGAGCUGGAUGGAAGUUUGAGGAAAGUCAAAUGUUUUUUGUUCAUUUUUUUUUUUAAGGUAAUUCUAAUGAUCCCCUCAACCCAACAGGGCUUGCUUGGGCUUAGCCAAGAAAGCUCCCCAAAUCCCAAACCAUUAAAAG